CAGAACGCAAAGAACAAGAGGAAGAGAAGAAAACGAAGAAGGGCAGAGGGCUCCGAGAGACGGCGUACGCUCUCGCUCCGACCCCUCCAGAGCGAUGGCUAUCGUUUCUCACGAAUGUCUGAGGUAAUGCAGAAAAAUACGUCCAUUGACAAAAGAAUCACAGAAGCAAUUGAAGAUGACGCAGAAGAAGACGAAGCAGAUGACGUUGUGGCAAUUCCAAGUGGUAGCCCAUCCGAGUCGAGCGGACACUUGCACUCUUUUAAGGACCUGCAGUCGUAGUAUCUAUAGUUUGCAAAGACUACGUAGUGGUAGUUUUAGAUUCAUGCGAGACGUCAUCGCACAAUUUGGUACUAUCAGAAAAUAUAAGGCUGCCUGCAGAGCUUGAAAGUGACAGCGCCUGAUGGAAAUGGCAGGUCGCACAUAGUGAGUUCCACCCACUUAAGUUCCACCAAGACGAGACUGAAGACAGUUUUCCUACGUAAGCCGCGUAAUGCUAAUGGUGAGGCUGUUGGAAUGGUCAUCUCUAAAUUUUCACACCAUCAGUCGACACACUCGCCCUCCUCAAGAAACGAUGAAAACCUUCGCAUUACAAGCGGGAAGAUCAAGAGUGCAAGAUUCACGAAGGAGGCAAUGAAGUUCGGCCACGACAGGAUGACCACGGCUAGGAGAGGGGAGCGACGCAGCCGUGCUUCGCGGCGCUUCUCAACAGCAGGACGGAUGACGCGCGGUGGCUACACUGGACGCCUGGCGUCGCAGCGAUAUUCGCAGCAGCGG